CAUCUCUUUUACUCUUACAAAUUUAUCUAUACGUUUUCUCAUUUCAAUGACCUUUGAAUUUGCUGAAUAAUAAUAAUAAAAUCUUUGUUUACUUCGUAUAUCUCAGCAGUGUUUUUGUUAUUGUGGCUAUUCUUCCAAUUUAUAAUAGUGAAAUCCUACAUAAUAUCGUGAUUGUCAGUUCGUGUAACAAAGAUAUAAAGUAGAUUUGACUCAAGUAAUCGUGUAGCAUUCUAUUGGAUAGAAUCUAUUGUUUGUCUAAUUUCGAUAUCGAAAGUCAUUGUGAAUAUCAAGUGCUUACAAAUUUUGUUUUGAGGGAUGUGUUUUGUUACAGUUAUGUAACCAAAAGAUGAGAUAUCUUAGUGUAUUUAUGAUAAAAAGAUACGUUAAUGAUUAUUUCGAUCCUUUUAGUAAGUUCUAGUAAGAAAUAAGGUUCGGGAAAUAAGCAAAACACGUGGGUUUUGCUGUGAAUAAAUCGAUAGAGACGUAAGACGCGUGCGCCAAUCUCUAUCAACAAGACUAUUAUACGUCAAGGUCACUGAUCACAAACACGUGCGAUGUCGGAUUCUAUUUACACACAUGACUUUCUUCUCGAGCCAGGUUUAGAGAUAAAACAGGAGUCUCCGAUAGAAUCGGGCACUAUGUCUGCUUCCGUGCCUAUCCCACAGCGCCGUGUUGAUCCCGGGGACUUCAACACCGAUCUGGACCUGUGUUUGCAAGACAACUUAGUUGGCUCUUACAAUAUGCCUAAUCUGGCUUACAACAAACUUGUAUUUGAAACAGACAGUACAUCAAAAGCAGAAAGUUUCAAAAUGGAUGAUGAUGACAUAUUCCAAGUUGAUAAAGCGGAUUUGAUCCUUGGUCCUACACUUGCAGAGCUAAAUGCUAAUCCAGAUAAUUUAUUGGAUGAUUUAAAUUUUGAUGAUCUCCUUUUGCCUGAGGAGAGUGGUUAUUGUGUGCAAAUUGGAGGAGCGAUGAGUGGUUCACGCCGUGCGCCAAAUACUAUGCAAACACACAAUAUUUUGCAAUCAGAGAGUCCUUGUAGUCCAUACAGUCGGGCACAACUGGCAUUUUCUCCAGCAAGCCAGCACAGCUCAGCGUCAUCUAGCUUUGCUCAGCCUAUGAAUCAAAUGCCAGAACUACUGCUUCGAAUGGAUGGUUACAGUGGUGAAAUUGCUCUGGGACAAUCAGUUCCGGCAUCAACUGUACUACCACCAUUCCCCACUAGUGCAAAACCUCAGCAGCCUCAACUUUCUUCUUCUGCCCCUACCCACCUCACUAUGGAACAGAUUUGGCAGCGUCGUGAACCAAGGAAACAUCUUUUGUCUACCAGCUCCUUGGCUGAAGCAGGGUCAGCAUCAUCUCUUUCUGGAGGGCUUCUCAGUCCUGGCACUGUCGACUUUUCACAAGAUGAAGAGGAUCGUGAUGUAGAAACUGAUGAAGACAGUGACAGAUAUGAGGAUCUCUCCUCAGAUGAAUCAAAUGAUGAAACAGAAGGUAAACAACCUCGCAGUAGUUCAAAGAAGGAGAGGUUCUUUUGGCAAUACAAUGUACAGGCUAAAGGACCCAAGGGACAAAGGCUCAUCUUAAAAAAUAAAUCAGAAGAUCCACAUGUCCUUAAUAUUGUAACUGAUCCAGUAUUCAGUCCCAGUUGCAGUGUUAGAGGCAUAAAACACAGUGGAAAGGCCAGGAAAGGAGACGGAAAUGAUUUGACACCAAAUCCAAGGAAACUGUAUUUGAUUGGCAAAGAAUUAGAUAGUUUGGGUAAAAUAAUCAAUGAUAUGAUCCCUGUGAGUGAACUUCCAUUCAAUAUAAGACCCAAAACCAGAAAAGAGAAAAAUAAACUAGCUUCACGGGCCUGCAGAUUGAAGAAGAAAGCACAACAUGAAGCAAAUAAAUUAAAAUUACAUGGCUUGGAGCAGGAACAUAGGCGCCUCAUGAAUGGAAUUGCACAAAUGAAACAAAUAGUGAGCAGCCGAGUGACUAACUCACAGAAUAAUGUUGACUGGAAUGCACACAUCACAAAUAUAGUAAACACAGCUACAGAGAUAAAAAUCGCUGGCAAAACUUCAGAAUAUGUCAAUAAAGUUUUGGACAAAGUCAAAGCAGGACAAAACAAUGGUGGAUUAAAUGAUUUAUAAACACACACAUACAUUUCAGAUGUGAGUAAAAAAACGAAAGGCUGUUCAAUGUACCUCCAAAGUUAUUUAGAGAAGAGAGUUUAUGUCUAUCAUGUAAAAGCUUAAUUGUCUAAGACAAUUUUAUUUUUGUAUGGUAUCAAGAGUAGAUUUAGUCACUAGAAGCUUUACAAGGCAACUAGGGGGAAUAUUAAUGUAAUCCUCAUUUAAUAUUAUUAUGCCAUAAGUUAGGUGUCAGUGUCAUGUAUAUUUUAAAAGUUUAUAACAUUUAUUGUUAGGGUAAGACUUAUGUUUGUUAUACGAAAUGAGAAUAUCUUAAUUCUGCUGGGUUUGUAAUUUUAAAUACUUAGUAGUUGAACUAGGAGCUUGAAUUUACAGAUAUUUUAUCUCUAAAAUUACAUUUGUUAAUGAAAAAUAAUACAGUUACAUUGUACUUGUUGUUUUGAAAGUGAAUCUAGUCGGGACCCUUUGUUUUGUGAAUAUGAAUAUUUAUUAAGUGACAAAAAUUUUAAUAUAAUCGUAAACCACAUUCCUUACUAAUAAUAUAAAGAAUUCUUCAAAUUGUAUAGAGAAACAACAGUGUUUAGAAUAUAGAAAUCCAUACACUGGAUCUGGAUUAUUACUGUAUUAUUUUUCUUAAGCAUUUCUUACGGUAAACCAGCAAUAAGAUAAUACACAUUAUUUAUUUUUAAUUCAACACCACACUCAAUUGGUAAACAUUUCCCAAUUACUAACACGAGUUAAUUCUCGUAGAGUGCAAUAUUCGUGGCUACUUUUAAAUAGUAAAUAUCUCUGUAGCAGAGAAUGGAUGUCUAAUGUUGGGCAAUAAAAGUUUACGACUAAUUUUUAGAUGAGAACAAACACAAACAGGCGUAAUCUAAGAUUGCUCACCUUUGGCAAUAUACAGCAGUGAUUUAUUUUCAUAAGUACCUAUUUAUAUUCCUUUUCGAAAAAUACUAUGUAUACAUAUUAUUUUCU